AUGAACAAGCGUAAAGGUAAAGGACGAGAGGCCGAUCCGCCGUUGGCGUCCCCGGCAUCGCCAAGCCGGACCGGCGGUGGCAUCGACGCUGCGUCAUCAGCCACUCUGGCACCCAAGUCCCACCACAACACCGUACGACACGGACGCGGACCUCUGAUCCGCGACUCGGACGAUGACAUGGCCAUCGAUGAUGAGCAGGAUAGUACACGUCGACGCGGCGCUGACUACGACCACGACAUCGAGCACGACCUCAACGAGGGGACUCGCUUGUUGGUGGACCCUGCACGUGACGAGGCGGAACGGGGCGCCCCGCGUCAAGACUCGGGCCUCGAUUCCGAUCGACGACGGCUCAUACCCUCGCCAGGGCCAGUCGUUCGAUCUUCCAGCAACAAGCUCAAAAGGCGUAGAGGAGAUUCAACAGCCCAAUUACGGCCGCAGCCAGAGUCACUGCACCGUCACCGCAGUCGCCCGGCCUUCGGAGCGCGGGAAAUUGGGUGCUAUUUGCUCGGGAUCCUCGCCUUCACCAGCUUGCUUACGCUCGCUGUCGCCCAUCUGUGGAUUGGUCACCUCGUCUCGGAGCAGUCUAAGAAAGGCGAUUUGCAGCAGAUGGUGCAGCGUGGGCUUAUCAUCCAAGGGCCUACCGCUGUGCGUGUGACCGAUGGCGAUCCCAAUGGCGGUUCAGCGUUUGUACUCGAGUUGGAUCUGCUCGCCGGCGUCGACGUACGGAGAAUGAUCGGCUGGGACGAUAAGCAGCACAAUAAGAGCUGGUUCCGGCGGAUCGAGGACCGUAUGGCCUCCUGGGUGACGAGACGACUCGAUACGGUCAACGUCGAUGUGGGUCAAAUCGUAAUCCGAGAAUCCUACAAGAUUGAGCACCAUCGAGGUGUCGUGCAGACAAGCCAGGACUCGGCUUUGGUUGUCCUUAAUCACCUUGCGCCCCUUCUCGUUCCGUUGACCUAUUCCCGAGAUUCGAAUGAGCCUAGGCUGGGUGCACUCGCUCUGCAGCUCCCUGUCACCUUGCCGAACCCCGACGACCUGAAGGAGGCGGCGCACAAGAUUUGGGAUCACCACAAGUAUGACUUUGAGGUACAAGUCGACAACAUAGCCGUAGUAUUUGACAGUACCCGUGGAAGCGGCCUCUUCGGAAAAAUUAUGCGUCGCCUCAGUGGCAAGAUGAGCAUCGAAACCGUUUCGCAUCAAGUAGCAGGCACUGGUAAGUGCGCACUCUCCGUACCUGCUAACAGCUAGGCGACGGCCGAGCUGAGGCUGAUGCUUCUGGUGUGACUCCUUAGUGCCCGUUCUCCCUGCCGCUUCAGACCCUGCAUCAUUCAUUGAGGUGCUCUAUUACGAUAUCGCCGAGCAACCUGGUCCGGACCCCAACACGACCGUGAUGGGCCUCACCGCCAGAGCGCGGCUGACGAACCCAGUGGCGAACGCGACAGGGCGAGGGGAAAUUCCAGCUUUCGCAUGGGGCAUGCCCUUCCGUCUCCCCAUGAAUGUCCUGCUGCCGACUCCUCCGGCAACGGUUCCUCCGCUUGCCCUCGGCGCCAAGCACGCGGAACGGGACGAAGGGAUCUUGCUCGCCAAGGUUGAGGUCGAACCUUUCCAUUUCGCGGCAGGGCAAGAAACAUCCAUUGUUUCUUUAUCUGGUCAUCUCAUCCGAGCCGACAGUCGUAUCGAACGAUCAGAUAAGGACAAGGAACUCUCUGGUGCUCUCAGUCGGUUCUUGGCGCGUUACCUAGAUGGCAAGAAGAAUCAAGUUCUGGUUCGUUACGAUGUGAAGGCAAGCGACUGCAACUCGCGCGACGGCAAGCCGGCGCCUUAUCCAUCCAGGAUUGUUGCCGGUUUGGUUGAGGACGUGACGGUGCCAUUGAUGUUCCCGGGCUCGCAAGGGAAAAUGCAGCUGUUCAAGAAUCUCAAGAUCGAAGACAUGAAGAUCAAGCUUUCUGGCAUGUAUCGUCCCUUCGCCCACGCCCUGAGCCUGUGGGGAAGUGGCGAAGGCGACGAACCCGAGGGCGAUUUGCUUUGCUCCGGAAGGGUGGUGGGCGAGAUCGACUUACCGCCGCAGUUCAAGAAGGUCGAGAUGUCCCUCGACGUCAAUGGUAUCUGGCCGGACGUGUACGUGUAUGACGGAGACCUACCCCAAUCGGCUAGGCUCAGGCGGCGCGACCAAGUCAUCUUUGGCGCGGACGACCUUGUGGGGCAAGAGGUCGCAGUUGAAGCCUCUCGAUACCCUCCUAACCCGACGCCUACAGAUGCCUUUGCACGUCUCCAUCCCUCCUCGCUGAUCGUCGCCUCGACGAUCCACGUACCCGCGAACCGAACGCACAAUGCGACGACGCUAAUCUCGGCCACUUUCACCGAUGCGCCGUUGUUCCUUCUUCCUGGCCGAGGCGACGUUUUCCGACGGUUCGUCGGCAAGAUCAUCUUUGGUGGUCCUGGCGCUAAGGCGAGAGCGGGAGUCAGAGGCGUCAGCGCUGCAACGCUUGGUGUGGGUGGACUAGGAUCGAUUGCCGUGGAAGGAUUGCCGGUCGAGGGGGAGUUCUGGGUCGGCAGCGGAGGAGCCGGAUUGGCCGAGUGA